AUGGGCGACUCGGCGAACAGAGGCCAUGCUACCUCUGUGCCAGUGCCAGACUCUGCUCGCUCUAUGCCUCAGGGGACUCCUACCAUGGAUACUGUCAUGGAAGCGCCGAUCGACGGGCAUUCGGAGUGUGGCAGCAUGCGCAUCAGUGAGUCUGAGCUACGGUAUGUAGGUGGUGAUCACUGGGCGGCGAUUCUUGAUGGUAUUGCGGAUAUAAAGGAUCACUUUGAUCGCGAUGAGCAGUUACGACUAGCUAAUACCCCAGACCAACUGUCGGACGAGCCUACGCAUGACCCGUCCCGGCCAAGAUCUGGCGUUCCGAUCAUGUGGAUCGGUCUUCUAUUCAGCAUGAUCUGCCUUGCCUGUUUGACUACGGAUACAUUGGACGCCGAAGUGGAACAUCUGUCGCUUCAGAUUGAUCUCUAUCGAGAAAAGAUUGUCCAGUGCCUAGUGUUGGGCGAAUACACUAGAACAGGGCCGUAUGUUCUUCAAACGGUGAUCAACUACGUCUAUAUUGAAUUUUGCCUUCGCACGGACGCUGAUCAAGAUAUGUGGUAUUUGCUGGCCUUGGAAAUAAACCUAGCCAUGCGGAUGGGCUACCACCGUGAUCCCAGUCAUUUCCCAGGAAUUUCUCCCUUUCAAGGGGAGAUGCGUCGCCGUUUGUGGGCGACGGUCUUGAUGGGCGAUACACUUGUGUCGAACCAAAUGGGCAUGCCACGCAUGAUAUCCGACAGGAAAUGGGACACAGCAGAACCGCGAAAUUUGAACGACACGGACUUUGACGAACAGUCAAUAUACCUUCCUCCAUCGCGUCCCCUGACUGAAUACACCAAUUCCCUCGGUCUGAUCGCUAGAAGACGUAUCUUGGCAGCACUGGGCAUAGUGGUCGACCUCACAGAUGCGGUUAAGCCAUAUAGUUAUGCAGAUGUGAUGCGCGUCGACGGCAUACUGCAAGAAGCCGCAGCUAGUAUUCCGCCUCUUUUGCAGAUGAAGCCCUUAGCGGCGAGUGUGACGGACUCUCCGCAGGUCAUCAUGUCGCGAUUGUUCUUGGGUCAUAUGGUCUAUAAAGGGCAGAUUGUUCUUCAUCGCCGGUUUCUGUAUAUAAACUCGGCUAAUCCAGACGAUGAUCCAAUGAGCUACUCACGAAAAGCCUGCUUGGAUGCUUCGCUGGGAAUGUUGAACAUCCAACAUAUGCUUGAUGAGGAAACAUGCCCGGGCGGCCAACUGUAUACCAUGAGGUUCCGUGUGACUUCCAUUAUGAACCACCAAUUCCUCACUGCUACUAUGGUACUAUGUUCCAUGCUGCAUCGGGGGAAAACAUUACAGCAGGAACAGGAGAUUCGGGCAGCCCUUCAAAUCUCUAGGUCCAUUUGGAUGCGAAGAAGUUUCACUUCCAAAGAAGCAACAAAAGCCGCCGAAACUGUUAGUUUCGUCCUCGCAGAGGCCAGCGACGGUCACAAUUCCAACCUCUCUUUUAGCCAAGAUGUCUCCCGCGACUUACAAGACAAUUAUCAAACGAACGCUUUACUCGAAAAUUCCGCCAAGUUUACCGGUCAACCCCUGGAAGGAAGUCUGCUAGCACCAGAUAAUAUGGGUUUAUUCGAGCCCGAUCAUUUUCUUAUGACAGGCUCCUUUGGAAUGUUGACUUCGUCCAACCAGGAUGGUCAGCAAUUCGGACCAAACUUGAACGCAUUGGAGAGACCAGCUGACGAAGAAAACCUCAACGAGAUGCGUGGCUACAAGGCCGCGCUGAGAAACCCGAAAGUUGGACAAGAAGCAAAGGAAAAUGCACAAGCCAAGCUUAAUGAGCUCGGCGGUGAUCAGCCUCGUGAGGAAUUGUAUAAGGCAAGAGGCGAUGAAAGCAAAGACCCAGUUAGGGUCUCAGCUGGGCUUAAAGCCGCGCAGCAUAAUCCUCUUGUGACGGAGGGCGGGAAGCAGAGAGCUGCUGAGAAGAUGGGACACAGAGGUCCGGAGGAGUAG